CCUGACAUCAUCAACAUUCGCCAAUACAGCAUGGCGAUACCACUGUCAAGUGCAACAGGAUACCCACAGAAUUACGGUGUUGUUGGGUUUUUUUUUAAACAUUUAGAGUGAUUUUUAAAGAUUCCAAGCGCACCAAACUGGUUUCAUAUCCAUGGUUUGUUCGUUCAUUUUCGUUUUUAUUCUUGUCAGCUGACUUUAGCUGCCAGCUAAAUACCAAAAUGCACUCUGUGAAGGUCGGCUAUUUGGCUGCGUCGAGAGCUCUCUGCUUAAGUAGGAUUCACUGUCCUGAGUUUGUUAAAUCAUCGUCUUGCUGUCGUGUUCGUUGUUCUGUUAGUCAGGCUCGCUUUAGUCAAACAGCAGCCACGCCAGAAGAGACCGCAGUUAUUCGUAUCCCUCGCUACAUGCAGAAGCGCGUUGACGAUGUGAAACAGACUCGAGGCAAAAACAAGAUCAACACCAUCAAAGCUGGCAAGCUCCUGAUCCAGAGCAAGAACCCUGAUCUGAACCAGUCGGCUGGAUACAUACUUGGAAAGUUCGAGCAGCCCUUUCUCUGCUCGAAAGGAUGGAAACACAACAAGUCGUUCGGUGACUAUUUUACCAUCAACAACAUCAAGACUGCUGCACCUUGUGUUGCUGAAAAUCAGAAGGAGGACGUCGAACAGAAAACAUCGGUGACAUUUAAUAACCUCCGCAUCUGCAAGGAGCUGGUGGAAGCUUUGGACAAUAUGAACAUUACCCACCCCACCACUGUACAGCUGCAGACCAUCCCAAAGGUUAUGAAAGGUCAGAACAUUCUUUGUGCUGCAGAGACGGGCAGUGGAAAAACACUGAGUUACCUCCUGCCUAUUGUUCACAGACUGCAGGCUGAUAAGGAAUCAGAGAUGUACGCUGAGAGCGCGCACAAGGUUCGCACUGUGGUUCUUGUGCCUUCCAGAGAGCUAGCUGAGCAAGUGGCGGCUGUGUCCAGGACUCUGUGUGAUCCGUUUGGCUUGAUAACAAGGACUGUGGGUGGUGGGCGAGGUGUAGGACACAUCAAGAUGGUCUUUAAGGGGGAUCAGCCAGAUAUUUUGGUGGCAACACCAGGUGCUAUGGUCAAGGCCCUGCGGAGACGCUGCCUGGACUUGAGCGAGCUGAGCUUCUUCGUGGUAGACGAGGCUGACACUAUGUUCGACCCCAGCUUUUCUGAUAUGCUGGAGAACAUCCUGCUCCAUACAAACAUUGCUAGUGAUCCCAAGGAAACACGAGGCCCGGGGCAUAAAGCCCAGCUGCUGCUGGUGGGGGCCACCUUCCCUGGUGGUGUCGGGGAAGUGCUCAGCCAGGUGACAGACCUCAGCAGCAUGGUGGUUAUCAAGAGCAAGAUGCUGCACUUCCUCAUGCCGCAUGUCAAGCAGACGUUCCUAAAGGUAAAGGGCGCUGACAAGAUCCUGGAGCUCCACCAAGCCCUGAAGCUGCUCCAGCAAGAAAAAGGAGAGGGCGCUGUUGUGGUGUUCUGCAACAAGUCUGCCACCGUCAACUGGCUGGGGUACUCGCUGGAGGACAUGGGGGUGCAGCACGCACGUCUGCAAGGGGAGAUGCCCGCUGCCGUGCGUGCAGGAAUCUUCCGCUCCUUCCAGAAGGGCACGGUCGAUGUGCUGAUAUGCACAGAUAUUGCUUCACGCGGCCUGGACACAUCCCAAGUGCACUUGGUUGUCAACUAUGACUUCCCAGAAUCCCACACAGAUUACAUCCACAGAGCAGGGAGGGUGGGAAGAGCAGGAGGGGUGGAGGACGGGGAGGUGCUCAGCUUCGUCACUCAUCCGUGGGAUGUGGAGCUGGUGCAGAAGAUUGAGACUGCUGCACGUAGGAGAACUUGUCUGCCAGGGAUGGAAUCUGGUAUACAUGAGCCAAAACCCAAAGUAGUAGAGGCAGAGAAAUAGAAGUGUUUUUGUAUGUUUGCAAGUGGAAAUGUUUGUGUAUGUGUAGUGUUGGAGUGACAAACUCUAAAUGUACACAACAUUGGCGACAGAAACAGUAAGCAAGAUAUGUUCAAAUCAGAAUUACACUAGGCUGUUUUUCUAUCUCCACUAUGACAUAAAAAUUAAAAAGUUUUUUUUGAAAGGAUGAAGUUGGCCAAUUGUGGUUGAUCUCACCGAGAGUGGAAAUUCUACUAAAAUAUGUGCAUUUUUUUUUUUUACCCUACAGUCAUUGAAACAUUCCCAAUAGGGAUCAUUUGAAAGGGAGAUUAAUGGAAGUGACAAGUCUUCUGCCAAGCUACAACCUGGAAUCACCUAGUUCUGGUGUAAGUGCUUAGUCCUAAUAUUUACAAUGCACUAGCAUAAAGACCAUGCUUUUUCCAUCAAUGGAAAUAUGGAAAACGUGUGUGCUUUACAGUAUGUCUAAAUAUGAUUUUGCUGUAAUUAUACAUUUUUUGUUAUAGCCUAUAUUUCCUGACGUAAAUAAUGUUUGUUUGUACAGCUUCAUAUGCUUAGCAAUUACUUAUUUACACUUAAUAUACUUCUAUUACAAUAUUUUCAAUCAACUGAUGUGGUAUUUGUGUUAAAAAUGAUUCGACUUCAAAGUGAAAUCUAAUUGCACAUUCUUCUCACCUUGUUUUAUUUAGAGCAACUAUUUAAUGGAGCAAGUUGGAAAUGUAUGAUCUUUGAACAAUGUAUUAGCCAUUUUCUUUUUAGCAAAGCGUGAUUUUCUUUACCAUAACUCUAUUUUCAAAGGUGUUUUGGCUCUGUUGUGACUUCUUUUGGAUGCAAAAAUCUUCAAAUCACCAAAAAUGAGAUGCUGAAAACUGAAAUUGACCUGGUUGGUGUGUGUAAAGUAAUCCUCAGUGAAACUGUGGAUAGCUUUUCAUUGAAAGAGACAUUGCUGUAGAGUUUUUCAACCUCUUGGCUUUUUGAUCGCACCUAACUAAACACCAUCCAGGAUAUGGUAUUAUAAUAAGCUACAUGUCUCCAACAUUGGCAUAUUACACUGAAACUACAGUAUCUAGAAACUGGAAAGCACUCUAAAUAAGAAGAAAAAUACAUUCUACUUUGUCUGAA